AUGGCGACGUCUUUUCCGAGCCCAGAGGAGCUCAAAGGUACCGUUCUCGGAACUCUGCUAUACGUCGGGGUAUAUGCAGGCAUUCUGAUCCCAUUCCAGUCUUUCUCCAAGUUCUACCUCUUUGCUCAAAAGAAAAAGGAGGCCAAGACGAAAGCCGCAAAAGAUGGCGAAUCCUUUCAAAAGAAACCCGGCUCUGGAUCUUUCUUCCUUGCCACGAAAUACUACAACUCGCAAGACAUGCUGGCUUUAUGUGGAGAUCGGUCUGUGGGAAACUAUUUGGAACAAUCCCUGGUAUUCUUGCCACUCUACUGGCUACAUGCAUUGUUUGUGGAAAACGGUGCCUCCGAGUCCUUGAUGAUUGCAUCCAUCUACUCUAUUUCAAGGGGCAUUUAUCCACCAUUGUUCUGGUUCGCCUUUGGUACCAGUUACACUCCACUCAUUGGAAUCUCUACUGGUCCUGGUUACAUCAUAACAUUCUACCUUCUCUACCAAGUGGCUGCCAAGUUUGCGUUUGCUUAA